UACGGAGAACCUGGUGCAGCCCCCGUUGACCCCUACUCUGAUGCCUACAAUGCCCCUGCUCCCGCAGCCGGUGAGGGCAGAGACGCUCCCCGUGGGCGCUCUCGCUCUCGCUCCCCUGCUCGUAGCAAUGGCUUCCGGAGCCCUGCCCGCAGUAACGGUUUCCGGAGCCCUGCCCGGAGCCCUCCCCCGUACCGUCGUCGGUCUCCUCCUCCGAAGCGGCCGUCUCAUGCUCCUGCGCCAACCCCUACUCAGGUCCUCGGUGUCUUUGGCUUGAGCAUCCGCACUCAGGAGCGCGACCUUGACGACGAAUUUAGUCGGUUUGGCCGCGUUGAGAAGGUCACCAUCGUCUAUGAUCAGCGUUCUGACAGGUCACGUGGCUUCGGCUUCAUCAAGAUGUCUGCCGUCGAGGAGGCUACUCGCUGUAUCCAAGAGCUGAACGGCGUGGAACUUAAUGGCCGUCGCAUUCGUGUUGAUUACUCCGUCACCGAUAGGCCUCAUGCUCCCACUCCUGGCGAAUACAUGGGUCAUCGUCGCUCAGGCCGUGACACCUUUCCUGCCCGGGAGGGUCGGGAGGGACGGGACUCGUACCGUGACUCACACAGAGAUUCGUACAGGGACUCGUACCGGGACCGCGACUCCCACCGUGACCGAGACCGGGAGCGUGAUCGUGACUUUAGGCGCUCUGACCGUGACAAAGAUAGGGAUCCUUACGGUCGUGAUAGCCGUGAUUGGCGUGACCGUCGCAGCCCUCCGCCUCGGAGCGGACGCUACUCACCUGAUUAUAGGAGACGUCGGAGCUACUCACGCAGCCCUCCACGGGGUAGCAGCCCCCGGAGAGAAUAUGACGGUAACGCUCCUUCGGCUCCGGAUGCCAUGCGGGUUGAUUCCACGAAUGGUCCAUCUGCAGGACGUGACUACUAGGCGUCUUGGCCAUGCCUACAUGUAUCAAGCACGACGAAAUGAAGGUUCAGUUCAAUGGCAAGGGCGAAGGCAAGAGGAUCAAUUUUUAAUGCGAAUGAAGUGGAUGUGGCGGUCAUCCUUUCCGCAAGUCUCAAGUUAUCAAUAGUUACUUGCUGGUGUUUUGAAGAAAGUCAAGCACUCGGUUCUCAGUUGCCAAUAGUCACAAAAAUCAAGUUUCAAGUUUCUCUUCUCGACUUUUCUUGUAAUCGUUCCAUUGCCGUCGUUUCGUUUCGAUCUACUAGACAUAAUGUAUCCCCCCUGGGCUGCAAGUCUCAAGUUGCAAGUUGCAAGUGUCCGAAGAUGCGCGCACGCCGCAAUCGGUUUGGUCUCUACUUGGGCCCUGCUUUCUUGUGGAAGAGCGCUGGACUCAUUCGUAGGUUCAACAAACCAUUGGCCAGAGGCCUCGCCGGGUUAUCUCAAUUACCUCUCAUUUCUCACCUAGUCCUAGAACCC